UCCGCUACUGUCGCGUCUAGGACCAGAAGCCCAACAAAAAAACCUCUCUCUCUCUCCCUCUCUCGUGAUUCUAAAACCCACAAAUCUUACAAAACCUCGCAGGUCGCAGAGAGGGAGAGAGUAUCUGAUCGGGAAAAAUGGAGGUGGUGAACAAAAUAGCGAACGCGGUGGCGAGAGCAGCGGAGAACAACACGGUGAUAAACGUAUGCCUGGUGGGGGCGUUCGUGGCUCUGGGGGCGAGGUCUGUGAGCCAGCAGAGGGACAUCGAAGCCCUGGAGGCGGAGAAAGCUUCCCUCAUCAGCUUCAACAAAUCCAUGAAGAAGGCCAUGUGGGAUUGGAAGCAGAAGCUCUUCGCCGCUGCCGAGGCCGAGUCCGACUCCGCCCUCGUCCCCCUCGCCCGCCUCAAAGCCAUUUACGGCGACGCUCCCAGUUCCUCUAAUGAUGAUGCUUCAAAGGAAGAUGCUAAUUCUCCUGCGUCCAAAUUCGUGGUCUGACGUCUUGAAGAGGGAUAAUUGUUGGAUUCAUACUGGAUUGUUGACGACUGAAAUUCAAUCAAACCGAUGGUAUAGCCUGUAACUUGUUAGAUCUCUCAUACACCUUAAAUUGUAAAUCAGGAGUUUGGUAAGGACUAGGCUCUAGAGUUGUUUUAUAAACUCGUUCACUUGGGAUGACAAAGAAUAAAUGUCAAAUGGGCUUUUGGGGUUUUUCAUUUUAGAUUGAAAUGCUCAAACCUUGGUUUGGUUUCCCAAAUGCCGUAAAAGCCAACAAUUGAAGAAUCAGUGAAUUUCAGGCUAUUGGGCCUAGUUUCUUACUCUUUUUUUCUUACUCCUUGCUUUCUUUACAAUUAUUGUUUUUCCUGUUGCUAUUUCUGGUGUGUGAAACAGUGAAUCACAGUAUUGAACAGAUGAAUAAACUGAUUAUUGUAAUC